CCCGGGGGCCGGUGCCCACGCUGCUGGCCACUGUUGUCUGCACGUGGCCCAAAGCCCGGGCUCCGAGGGCCCCCAGCCCACACUCCACCUCCAGGACCCAAGAUUGCGCCAGGGGACGUGGAGAGGAGAGAGUACGGGGAGAGGAACACCUGCCCGGUCCCGGCAUGAGCGGUGGGCACCGCGCCCAGUGACCCGCAUCCCAGACCUAGCGCAGGUGACAGGAGCCGUGACCAGCCAGCACGGGGCUUCGAGACCAUGGACCAAUUUAAGCACCAAGUGGUCCCUGACACAGCUACACUGGCUUCUGCAUUUUACGGAUGAAAAACCCGAAGUGAAGAAGGAAAGGCUGAUUGAGUGGCCCUGUGCCCUAGAGUUGCAGGCAGAGGAUACCGUGGUGGGGGGGUGCCUGCGCCCAGGGCCCGCCUCAUCCCGGGAGCAGCAGGUCCAGAGUCAGCCCACCCCCUGCAUUUCAGGGGGAGAAGCAGGAGCCGCCCUGCCCCUAGGCCGAGAGCCGGGUGAGAGGGUCUGCCCAGGCUCUGUGACCGCUGCUCUGGCAAGCUGCUGUCUGACACCCACCCAGCCGGUGGCCCCACCCAUCCGGCUCUCACCACCGUGCCCAGAAAUAAAUGCUUCUUCUACUUGUCGCUAUGACAGUUUAGUGAUUUCCAGCCUUCAAAAACACUCACAGGAUUCAAAUGAGGGCUUCAACACCAUGGUUCUAACCAAGCGACAGACUGACAUGAGACACAGUUUUUAUUAA